ACACAAAUAUCACUCUCUUAGUUGCCAAAAGGUAUUUAACUUUUUGUGUGUCAACUCUUUAUUCAGGAUAUAGGAAAACAAAAAUUUAGAUUUAUAAAAAUUAUCUCGGCCCUAAAUUGUCCGUUCGACGAGGAAUUUGCCUUUUUUUCGUUUCAAUCCCAAGAUCAGUGGGAUCCGACCGAAUCAUGUCAUCGCAGUUUCGUGAGAAGCGCGGAUUAGCUAGCAGUGCCAAUAAUGAACUGCCCACCAUGGAUCCCAACGAGAGUGACUUCGCUCUGGAGCUGAAGCCAGCACCCAAACAGACCUGCAUUCCGACGCACCAACGCCAGAGAUUGGCCAGCUCGGACACCAACGUCUAUCAGCGUGAGAGCGUGUUUGAUAUACCGGACAAGUCCUGGUCAGUCCUGUACUUUGGAUCCGGCAAGGACAGUUCCUCGAAAUAGCUGUACUAGAAAGCUAGAAAGCUACUAGAACAACAUUCCGUUCUGCGCCACUUUAAAUCGAAUGUCUGCCCACUGCCCACGCCUGGCCCACUGAUUGACUCCUUCGUCACCACAUCCAUCCACCACGCCAGUCAUCCAUCAGAUGUCGCGAAAUGUUAUAUACAAUUAAAACUCACCCUCGUGCCACUGC